GGGACGAUAUAAUACGACCGCCAGACCGGUGAGAAACCUAGUCUGUUCCAUUCGGUUGCCAAAAGAAGCCAAUUUCAAACGUCCUUCAAAAUGCGCGCCAUCUUCGCCCUGCUCAUCGUCGCGAUCUUCGCCUUCCUCGGAGUGUCUGCCAACGCGAACAAGUGCGGUGAGAACGAGAUCUACCAGCGAUGCGGUACUGCUUGCGAGCGCACGUGCAGCAACGGUGAGGAAUGGAACAAACCGUGCAAGCAGCCGUGCGUUGACAAAUGCUUCUGCCAGGAGGGUUUCUUGCGCGACGGUAACGGCAACUGUGUCCGUGCCUGGCGCUGCAACCCCAACCUGUAAUCGCCCGGAGCAAACGCGGAGGUGAUGUUGGUGGUGUUGUGAAAGUAAAAACAAACUAACGUCCCAAUUUCGUCACCGUUACGCGCGACAACCAUGUGGCCUGUUUGCCCGACUUUAUCACCAUCCUGUUCUGCAAACAGUCCAUCAUUUUGGUUUUUGGCGAAAUAAAGCUUAAAUUAGGAACCGCAUGCACAUACAAACACA